AUGACGGGAACAAUCAUCAUAACCGGUGCCAAUGGCUCUCUCGCCCUUGCUUACAUAUCGCACCUCAUAAAGAUCCACCCAUCAUAUACCAUCCUCGCAACAGUCCGCGAUGCAUCUCCCUCCGACCCCAACACCGCCCAACUCUCAUCCCUCCUCUCAUCACACCCCAAAUCCUCCAUCGAAGCUCUCGACCUCUGUCUUCUCUCCAACGUAAGAGGCUUCUCUGAAAACACAGCAAAGCGUGUAGCUACUGGAGAAAUACCACCUAUAAAAGCUAUCAUCUGCAACGCUUUCACCAUGUCUGUGUCAGAGCAGGUUUAUACUCCCGAUGGUUUUGAAAGAACAUUUCAGGUUAAUCAUUUAUCUCAUUUUGUAUUGGUGCUAAAGUUGAUUGGGAGGAUGGCGAGUGAUGGGAGAAUCGUGAUGCUUGGUUCGGAUACGCACUAUACAACUCGUUCGCAUCCGCUGUUUAGACAACGACCUGGUAUUCCACAGGAUACUGAGCUUUUAGUCAAGCCGUUGCCUGAUAAGAAAGGGAAGGAGUAUGAUGGAGGAUUUCAUCGGUAUGGAAACUCGAAGUUGGCGAAUAUCAUGUUCAUGCACGACCUCAACGCCAAGCUCGAGAAGAACCCCAAACUCUCUGGCAUUACAGCUAUAGCAAUGGACCCUGGCGGCAUGGUCGAUUCCCGUGCGCACAGGAUUCAGACGCCGUUUAUGCGGUUUGCCUUUAGUCUUGUACUUAUAUCACUCCCUGUUCUUCGCCACUUCACCGAUACUAUGAGAUCAGCGGCACAAUCAGGUCGAGAGCUAGUUGAGUUGAGCGUUGGUGAGAGAUUCAAGGGCGCGAAAGGAUAUUUCAUGGGUGCCAGGCGAGAGGAAGAGGAUAUUGCAUGUAAGGAUGUCCAUAAGAGGGAGCUGUUGUGGAAUGCUUGCUGGAAGUGGACUGGGAUGAAGGAGGAAGAAACUGUUUUGUUCUGA